UUGAAGGUGAAGGUACGAACAGGCUGGGAUGAGGUCGAUGCCAGCAACCAAACUCGGCGAGUAUCGGAUGGUGUUGAAAUUAUUGAAUUCCCUAAGGUACUGUUGAAAACAAUUCGUGAUUCUAAGAAUCAGCCAGUAAAUUGGGAUGGCGAAGAGAUAACUCCGUUGCCAUACAAUAUGUUAACACAGCAAAGCCUGGGCGAUAAAUCAAUUGCGGAUGUUGUGGAAGCACUAAUUGGUGUACAUUUGUUGGAAUUGGGACCGGCCGCAACACUGAAGUUUAUGAAGUGGCUUGGCCUAAAAGUGCUCACAGAACCGGUUCAAAUACAACCAGCGCUUUUGAGAAUUAUUGAUACGAUAAGGCGUCAUUUGCUGCCUUUCGAAUUCAAGAAUAUAUUCUACAUUAUCAAUAUAUUCUACAAUGUAAAACCUGAUCUAUCGAAGCAGAAACUGAAUGAGUUUUGGGUGCAGUUUCAAUUCGCAAAACUUGAAGAUCGGCUGGGUUAUCAUUUCGCUGAUCGCGCAUAUUUGCUGCAAGCAUUCACGCACGCAUCCUAUUACAAGAACAGAAUUACCGGCUGCUAUCAGAUGUGA